AUGGGGUUUUCUUCCACAAAUCUAUUACAACUUAUAUUAUUAUUCAUCACACUUUCCUGUCCAAGUAAUUUCUGCCCCGCCCAAGCUCAGCCCUUCCCCUGCCGCCCCGCCGGCGCCACCUGCCACGCCCUCAUCGACUACGUCUCCCCCAACGCCACCACCCUCUCCGCCGUCGCCGCCCUCUUCUCCGCCCCCGACCACCGCCCGCUCCUCGGACCCAACAACCUCCCCCCCACCACCCCGCCCAACUUCCCCGUCGCCGCCCGCCAUCCAAUCACGAUCCCCUUCCCCUGCUCCUGCACCGCCAACGGCACGGGAACGUCCGCCGGCCGCCCCGUCUACACGGUGGUCCCCGGCGACGGGCUCUACCACAUCGCGGCGGAGGUGUUCGCCGGACUCGUCACUUUCCGGCAGAUCGCGGCCGCCAACAACAUCAGCGACCCGGACCGGAUCUUGGUGGGCCAGGAUCUGGUGAUACCGCUGCCGUGCGGGUGCGAUGACGUGGAGGGGCGGCGGGUUGUGCACUACGGUCACGUGGCGGCGCAGGGGAGCACGGUGCAGGAGAUCGCCGCCCGCUACAACUCGUCGGCGGACACGCUGCUGAGACUCAACGCGUUGAACAGCUCACGGGACCUUGUCGCCGGGACUGUUCUUGACGUUCCGCUUACACCUUGUUCUUCGGUGGUCAACAAUAGCUCACCGGACUACCCUUUACUCGUCCCAAACGGAACCUAUCAACUCACAGCUAACAACUGCAUUCUCUGCAGGUGUAAUGCUGCAUUAAGUUCGAUGUUACAAUGCGAACCUUCCCAAACGAACUCGACUUGUACUGCCCCAAUCCGUUGUGAGGGCUCGGGAGACUUGUUUCUUGGUAACACGACAACAUCGGGUUGCAAUCGCACAAUGUGCACUUAUGCCGGUUAUAACAACCGAACAAUUUUCACAAGGCUGGCUUCUGAAUCAACUUGCCCCGCCUCACCUGGAAUGAGCUUGCAAGGUUGGAGGUGGACUGAGCUUCUUGUCGGUGUUCAAAUCAUCGUGUUUUGUUUACUUUUUCUCUAA